AGGUGCCGCUGCCGCCAGCCAGUCGGGAGCGCGCAGGCACCGGGCGACUGAUUCCCCGGGUGAGAGCCGCCUACCUUCAGUUACCGCCCACGGCCGGGCCGCCACCAUGGCGCUUCUGCUGCGCUUCGUUCUCUUGUGCGGAGUCGCGGAUUUUACCAGAAGUUUGAGUAUCACUACUCCUGAUCAGAUGAUUGAAAAGGCCAAAGGGGAAACUGCUUAUUUGCCAUGCAAAUUUACCCUUAGUCCAGAAGACCAGGGACCACUGGAUAUUGAAUGGCUGCUAUCACCAGCUGAUAAUCAGAAAGUGGAUCAAGUGAUUAUUUUAUAUUCUGGAGACAAAAUUUAUGACGACUACUAUCAAGAUCUGAAAGGACGGGUACAUUUUACAAGUAGUGACCUCAAAUCUGGUGACGCAUCAAUAAAUGUAACAAAUUUACGGUUGUCGGAUAUUGGGACAUAUCAGUGCAAAGUGAAAAAAGCUCCUGGUGUUGGAAAUAAGAAGAUUCAGCUGACAGUUCUUGUUAAGCCUUCAGGUAUAAGAUGUUAUGUCGAUGGAUCAGAAGAAAUUGGAAAUGACUUUAAACUAAAAUGUGAACCAAAAGAAGGUUCACUUCCAUUACAGUAUGAAUGGCAGAAAUUGUCCAACUCCCAGAAACUGCCCGCCUUAUGGUUACCAGACAUGAAUUCACCUGUUAUAUCUGUAAAAAAUGCCUCUACUGAGUACUCUGGGACCUACAGUUGUACAGUCACAAACAGAGUAGGCUCUGAUCAAUGCCAGCUACACCUGAAUGUUGUUCCACCUUCAAAUAGAGCUGGAACAAUUGCAGGAGCUAUUGUAGGAAUUUUGCUUGCUCUAGUGCUCAUUGGUCUUACCGUCUUUUGCUGUCGUAAAAAGCGCAGAGAAGAAAAAUAUGAAAAGGAAGUUCAUCACGAUAUCAGGGAAGACGUGCCUCCUCCAAAGAGCCGUACAUCCACCGCUAGGAGCUACAUGGGCAGCAAUCACUCAUCCCUGGGCUCCAUGUCUCCUUCCAACAUGGAAGGAUAUUCCAAGACUCAAUAUAACCAAGUACCAAGUGAAGACUUUGAACGCACUCCUCAGAGUCCGACUCUCCCACCUGCUAAGGUGUCCUCCAUCGAUUCUGUAUUUCAGACUUGGGAAGGAUGUAUAGCUGCUAUCGUAUGGCCAACAUGUCUUCGUAUAGUUGCAGAAAAUCAAGAUGAGCUUUGAAAAGAGUGAGUCUUAGUUUUGUGAAAGUGAUUUUAUUCUUUAAAAAAAAAAAAGAAGAAAUGAAAGGAAAAGGAGUAAAAGGUAUACUCCUAACUGCCAAAUGUGUUAAAUACUGUUGUAGUAGAAGAAAGUGAGUUUAUUGUAUUUCCCUUAAGAUUGUGAGGGAGUGUGGAUAUAGUAAAAUGAGCCAACAGUUUCUUUAUAGUAAAUAAGGUUUGCAAUAAAUUAUUUCACUAGCUCUAAAACCUUUUCCCUAGAUUUUGGUAGGGAGUUGGUUUCUGUUGAUCUCUUUGGGUGCUGUGGUGGUAAAUGCUACAUUAUAAAUUAAUGUUCGUAUGAAUUUGAGAUUAGAGUAUUGUGUAUACUUUUUAAUGCUGAACUUAAGCUGAAUGUCUGUGUAAUGGAUUAGUGUAUAGUUUUAUAUAUUUGGAAGCAUUUUUUAGUAGGUUUUUAACCCUAUAUAAUAUUGCUUUUAUACUUGUGUUAACAUUUUCAUCUGUGCCUUUGGGUAAUUUUAAUUUUUAUUAUGAAUUUCUGGUGCCUAUGAGCUAGCUAUCACCUGAAAGGUGCUUAGAGGUGAAGGUACUGUUCCUAAAAACACAUCACUGUGACACCUUUUCUUUUCAUACUUUGACUCUUGCCUCCUCUUCCCUGUUCUUUUUGGUUGCAACUUAACCGAUUGUGUUAUUCAUAAAGAUUUUAAAAUUUCCACAUCCCCAGCACUCUUUGACUGUGUUUAUGAUUUUAUAUCAGUAGCUAUUUUUGGGUGCCACAUGUUUGGCCUGUUUUAUAUGAAAAUUUAUAAGAUAGUAUAAGAAUAAAUAACAUCACAAACUUGAAUAAUGAAAGCAUUUGGUCCUUCCCACCCCCAGUUUUCGUACAGUGAAGAUUACGCUGCAGUCUAAGUAGGAACUACGGUAAAAGGUGGACAUGUCCUCCUCUCUAGUCUAGGAUCUGGCUCUUGAGUAAUCAGACUCUCUCCCAGAAGCUCUUCCAGCUCCAUACCACUUACCGCCUGAGAACGCAGCUCGUAAAACAGCAUUUGUGUGACCUGAGAAGACCAGGUGGGUGGGAGUAAGUUUCGAGGACAGAGUUAAGUUUUAGAUUUACUUCUCCAGCUGUUCCCAUUGUAAAUUUCAGCUGAUCCCACAGUCAGGUCAGUCAGGUACUGAUAACUUCCCAAGUAAUUCUUCAUGAUAAUUCAUUUGAACUAGAAAUAUUUGUUCUAGAAUGACUGUUAGUAAUCAUCAAGUGAUUCAACCAAAACUGGUUAUUCAGUCCUUAACCAUGAGAAAGCCAAACCAGGCCACUCCAGAACGGCCCUGCAUCUUUGAGGAGAACCCGUUUGAUUCUACUUGACACCUGAGAGACUUGACACCAUCUUGUUUUGAGUUACACAGGAUCGUUUGAAAAGAAAUGAUACUGGAGAGUAUGAGUUCUGUGCUUGGAAUAUGUAGUUCACUGGUGUUCUUUUUCUUAUUGGCAGUCUUACCAGUAUUCCCCUCUUCGAGAACCCCCAAAAUUUCUUAUCACGGUUACACUGACCAGUUUAUUCAGGCAAAUAACUAUGCCAUGGAGUGGUUACAAUGGAAACACAGCCUGUGUGUGUCUUGGGAGGAGUUCAUUGAAGAAAUGCAGUUAGAUUAUGGAUAUGAAGAAAUACCUGAUUUUGUUAAAAUAAUUUUUAAAGAUUGAGUUCUGGAAAUUUGGAACAAAUGAAGGGCAAGUAAACAUUUUGAUUAAAUAUAGAAAGAACUCAUUGCAUGAAGUUGGAUAUCCAAUUCUGUAAUGUAUGGCUUCUUAAAAUAACUAUUCUGUCUUUUUGUGUGCGUGCGGCAUGUAAAUUUGAAGUUUUCUGAAUGUUUAAGGUUUAUUUCUAAUCAUCUCCACAGUGUUUCGGGCUGUCGGAUGCCUUAUUCCAGUGUGAAUAGAAAAAACAAACAUUUUAUGUGGUUAAUGCUUUUGAUGUGUCACGUUAAGGAGUAGUUUGUAGAAAGUGUUGGCACAACUUUAACUUUUUAGUGGCUUGUGACAUUAUAUAUAUAUAUGUACAUAUACCUUUGUAAUAUUCUUGUGUUUGGUAGUAUAAAUGUUCUGGGCAAGUUUUAAUAUUUCCAAUGCCUUUAGAUAGUCUUGCAAUAGAGGCAACACAUUCUGCAGAUGGAGUUUUUACUCGUUUGCCUAUUUUGACACUAAAAAAGGUCCAUAACUGAGCACAAAUUCUACAAUGUUACAGAAGUAAGGAAAAAUAAUAAAUAAACUUGUGACUUGUGGUUCUGUUUAUCUUAUAGAUGGUAACAUCAGCAAAUAAUUUCUUCAUCUAGUCUCUUACUAUUAUUUAAAAUCAAGUUUUAAAAAAAUACCCUGUUUUGUAAUUUUAAAAGUAUGGUGUAUAUCGGUUAGAUUUGGUCCUGAACACUAAAAGCUCCAAUCAAGGAAGAACUCUGUGUUUUCUGCUAAUUUAAUGACAUAAGUGUUAAGAGAACCACAAUUUAUUCACUUAAUUCUCAUUCCUAACUGUGAACUUUUGUGAUAAACUUGUACUACUGAGAAAAAAUAUUUUGACACUUCACAUAUGCAAGUAGAGAAUUGAUAAGUGUCAGUUUCAAAAAUGAUUUUGUAUUUAAAGUUUCUGGCUUACGUAUCCAAUGGUGCAGAUUUUGAAAUUUGUAAGAACAAAUUUGUUUUUAAAAAAACCAAAAACUUGCUCUAGUUUUGUGACCUUGUGUACUUUUGAAAUAAAAUCAAGAAAGCA